UGGAACCAAUACCUCGCCCUUCCCGACUGUUGCUCUACCGUGUUCUCAGCUUCCAAUUGUUCCAGAUUCCAUCAGUUGUCCGCUCGUCCAACCCCGUCCAACCCCGUCCGUCACAACUGUUAGGUCCGGCUGGUCGGCUGAAAGAGCUUCCGUCCAAACAUACAGAGAUAGGCUGUGCCACUCCCUGCACCGACUCGCCUAGCGACAGACACUCUCCUGUCCUAUCCGCAACGACCCUCGACCAGCCCUUUAGUUUUCUAGCGGUUACGUCACGAGACACACGUUGUUGCACCCACAAAAUUAACGACCAUCGCCCGGUUGUUCGUGUGGGGCCCGAUCUUUUAAUGGACGGCCAGCCUGUAGCGGCAGACUCUAAACAUCUUUACCCAACGCAUAUCUGGACCCGAUCUAUAUCUAGUCCAAGUGUUCCCCGACUCAGUACGUUAUCGGUAGCCAAUCCCCCCGAGCUCGCCGCUGCCCAGUGCGCUGCCACGCACCUAGAUCUGGUUCCGAUCUUAUUCCCGCAGCAAUCUUCUCUCUACCAAGCCAAACUCCUACAGUACAACAAGCUUAUUGCGCCGGGUCGAGGGGGUGGUCUUCAGACGCCUCCCUUACCUCCCAUCCUCUCCUCGCAACCUGUUCACGCCGGUGCCAGGUCUCGAUCGUUGUCCAAAGUGUCGAAUAAGGAGUCUCGCGCCAGGCAGAGCUCCCAGAAUUGCCAUGGGAAUAGGAGCACCCAGAACACCCCCAAGCCCGACCGCGUGCUUAUGACAGGCAAGGUCACUCAUUCCAAGAUGCACAACAAGAAACCUGACAUAGUCCAUGGUCUCCCUCCAAAGCCAAAAACGUCGGUAUCUUCUGCACACUUGCCUCACUCAAACUCGGUUCCAUCUACCCCCCAACAACACGCCCGAAAAUUCUCUUUCGAAUCACGAGAACAGUCGCCCAAUGCGGCCCAGAGCCAUUCACCUCGCUCUGCUUAUUCAGAGACGAAUAGCGUACUCCCAUCACUGCGUCCCUUGCCACCACGGGGUGGUGGCUGUAAAUAUGAAACUGGACUCAAGUUUUCGAGGCGGAGAAUACCAUACAACAUUGGUACUGACCCAUUAGAUAAGCUGGACUUGAAUAGCGUGCAGAGCAAAUUGUCUGAAGAUGACGAACGCAAACUCACCACAGAUAUGCGCGAAUUAUAUGAUCGGUUACAGCCGACGGCGGCCGUGGAAACGAAGAGGCAGAAACUCGUUCAGAAGUUGGAGAAACUUCUGAACGAUACAUGGCCUGGGCAUGAUAUUCGCGUACAUCUCUUCGGCUCAUCGGGAAACCUGUUGUGCUCAGAUGAUUCGGACGUGGAUAUAUGCAUUGUAACCCCUUGGAAAGAGCUUGAGGGUAUCUGCAUGCUUGCAGACUUACUGGCAAAGCAUGGAAUGGAAAAAGUUGUGUGUGUUGCGUCAGCUAAAGUUCCUAUCGUCAAAAUAUGGGAUCCGGAGUUGGAGCUCAGCUGCGACAUGAAUGUCAACAACACCUUGGCACUAGAGAAUACCCGCAUGAUCAAGACCUAUGUCCAUAUUGACGAGCGAGUACGGCCUCUUGCGAUGAUCAUAAAGUAUUGGACAAGGCGAAGGAUACUCAAUGAUGCCGCCUUUGGUGGGACUCUCAGUUCAUACACUUGGAUAUGUAUGAUUAUUGCAUUCUUGCAACUCCGACAGCCGCCUGUGCUCCCUGCUCUGCACCAACGGCCUCAUCAGAAGUUACCUCGGCAAGAUGGCGAGAUCGCAGCAUUUGCUGACGACGUAGAUAAACUACGAGGAUUUGGUGAAAAGAACGAGUCUACAUUAGGCGAAUUGUUGUUCGAGUUUUUUCGAUUCUUCGCCCACGAGUUUGACUACUCGACCAGCGCUCUCUCGGUGAGGUUAGGGAAAUUGGUCACAAAGACUGAAAAGAAAUGGCAUUUUGCUUUGAAUAACCAAUUAUGCGUUGAAGAGCCUUUCAACACGAACCGCAACCUGGGUAACACUGCUGAUGAUACCGCUUUUCGUGGUAUACAUCUUGAAUUACGUCGUGCUUUCGAUCUCAUUGCACAGGGGAACUUGGAAGAAUGCUGCGAGCAAUAUGUAUACCCCAAAGAAGAGGAAAAGAUAUUUCAGAAACCACCUCCAGUCUCGCGACCAGUGCUCCUGAGAAGUGCAUCUCAACAGCAAUCAUCCCGUCUUGGCCGUGGGGGCUAUCGAAAUGGAUCUCGGCAUCAAACUCGAAAUAAUGGGAACCAUAACAAUACGAACAAUAGUCGGCGAGCAUCAUCUGGCUUGAACUACGAGAACAAUGCGAAUCCGAUGUAUGUUCCAGCGGCAUACGCUAUGGCCCUUGGUACCCAAGAUGCCAGUUCUUUAUACAUGCAGUCGCCGGAGCUUGUUGCGCAAAUCUCAGCAUUACAGCUCCAGGAAAAUAAUUUGAGAUUCCUACAGUAUACGCAAUCCCAAGCCUUUGCCCAGCAGCAAGCCUUACAACAUGCCCAGAGGAUGCAGGGGGCCACGCCACAAGCGCAAUCUUCCACCGAGCGGUCCAGGACGAAUUCCUUUGAUACUCCACCACUAAGCGCCCCCAUCCGACCCGAGAUGCGCCCAGAAUUGUACUACUAUCAAAUGCCUAUACAACAAGCACAAGCAUUUUACAGUUAUGCACCCUACCCUUCUACACCUUCGAACAUUACUAGUGCAGAUUAUAGACGAUCUUCUCAUCGAUCUACAGCUGCAAAUGAGGCUGGACAUGGGUCAUCAGGCAGUACGAUAAGGUCUCACUCCCAGCCAGCGUCAAGACCCAUAGCAGUCGUACCACCGGGGCAAAAUUUCACACUUGCCGCUCAAAUGUCGAACGGAUUCGCUAGUGUUCCAGCACGGCAUAUCAAUGGCAUUCCCAUUCCUAGCUUCAUUCCUGAUGAAGGCAACGACAACGAGCUGGACAGCUCAACUGUUGAUUCUCCUGACGACGGCAAAAGUAGUAGUUAUUACACGAAUCCUUCUAGCCCACGAAGAGCAAGCGGUACAGCUAACGGAAUGCCCGCUUUUGGAGAUAUAGGGACUCAGUCGAGUAGCCCAGGUCACUCGGCUGAAGAGUUUGCACAGCCUGUACCCGAUAGCACAUCUGCGACGUCGCGAUCACCAUCGCCCCUUAGCAAAGAAAUAGCUUAUCCGGAAGGUAGUAGUUCGGCAUCCUUAACUGCAACUACUUCGCCGAAACAAUUGCACCGCGAAACCGCACAAACUGCACCUCUAGUUGUUAAUGGAUCUCAGUCGAGGCAUCUAACUAACAAUUCACCGAAGCAAGCCUGGCACGGCGAAUCCAAUGUUACACCUGAUUUGGGUGGAUAUGAAAAUCCGCUGCACAUUCACAAUGAUCCUACUGUCAUCUCUUCACAGCCCGUUCCUGGUUCGGACGCAAUUACCACGUCUCGGCAGGUUGCUUCACCAGUAUCUGAUCGACCGGUUGUUGUCAACGGGUCCAGGCCACCGUCCGGUAUGGCAACUCCGCCCAUUUCUGGCCCUUACUUCACAAAUGAGGCGGUGACUCUAAGUCCAGAGGGUGCUCUUCAAGUUACCACUUGGCAAGCGGGAACGCUCCCCCCCGGCCAUGCGGCUCCACCAGGAAGCUUACCGCCCAAUCUACAACGGUUUCCACGGCCAGUGCCCAGUCCCCUUAUUGCUCAGCUAGAUUUAGCCACGGAGACUAGCAUACAUGCAAACGAUUUGCAUCACUUAUCGCCAGUCUAUGAGACAAAGAGUCCUUCACCUAGCUUUACUCGAAAGCUAGAGCUACCUUUAGGGGAGAAUUCUAGCCGCACGGUGCUUCCAAAUCAUAGACAAGAAGCUAUGUCCGAAACCCCUAAAAUCCAAUCCAAACCUUUCGCUGAGGGUCCAACGCCGGAGACUGACGGGUUUCUGCAUUCGAACCCUAGAAUCAAUGGUUUGGUAAGAGAGAAUGGGCUUGUACGAGGCAUGAAGAGUGAAAGUGAUAACGCUGGAACAAAUGGUCCAUGGCAGAAGUCUCGGGGAAGGAAGCGAGUUAAUGACGUGAAAGGCCGGAGCGAGGCGCCGUCCCAGGGCGAACUACCACCAAAAAACGAGGCGGACAGGAAGGGUGGCUAGAUAAUUCCUGUGUCAUUGAGUCUUCCAUUUCUGGCGAUCUACAUCCAUCUCUUGGAUAUAGCCACCAACGAUGGGUUUGGGCAUUCACAUUAUAUACAGCCCAAUUCAUGUUCGG